AUGGACCACGCGACCAUGACGGGAACCAUGGGCUCCAUGUCCCCCACCAUGUCCAUGGACAUGCCCGCCACCACCUCGGGCGCCCACGCGGGCCACGACAUGGGCGGCAUGGGCAUGGGCGGCGGCAACAGCUGCAAGAUCUCCAUGCUCUUCAACUUCUACACCGUCGACGCGUGCUUCCUCUCGAGCCAGUGGCACGUCACCUCGCGCGGCAUGUUCGCCGGUUCCUGCAUCGGCGUCUUCCUCCUCGCCAUGUCGCUCGAGUUCAUCCGCCGCUCCGUCAAGGAGUUCGACCGCUUCCUCGUCCGCCAGCACAUCGCCAAGCACCAGGGCGCAGGUGCCGACCGCGGCUCCGUCAGUAGCAAGGACGCUGCCGCGCCGAUCGCCGCCCCCGCCGGCGGUGUCUGUCCUGCCGUCGUGCCGCCCUUCCGGCCCAACGUCUUCCAACAGGCGAUCCGCGCCUUCUUGCACUUUCUCCAGUUCACGGUCGCGUACUUUCUCAUGCUGUUGGCCAUGUACUUCAACAUUUACAUCAUCGUGAGCAUCAUCCUCGGCGCCUUCUUUGGGGCCUUCAUCUUCCAGUGGGAGACGCUGCCUCUUGUUGGACAACAGACCAGCGCUGCACAGGAGGCCACCGUUUGCUGUGGCUGA